AUGCUUUCACCUAGAAAAGGUCUUCCUGGGACCUUCAGCAUGGUUGAUGAUAAUGACACCUCUGAUUUUGUCCUGCUGGGCUUCCCAGCCCGAGAAGACCUGCAGGUGGCAUGCUUUGUCCUCUUCCUUGCCACCUACGUGGUGACUCUGACGGGAAACCUGGGGGUCCUCCUCCUGAUCUGGAUUGACCCGUGCCUGCACACCCCCAUGUACUUCUUCCUGAGCCACUUGUCUCUCCUGGACAUCUGCUACUCCUCCACCAUCAUCCCUCGCUCCUUGCUGAACUUCCUGCUGGAGAAGAAGGUCAUUUCCCUCGCAGGCUGUGCUGCUCAGCUCUUCUUCUUCGCCGCCUGCGCCACCGCCGAGUGCUACCUGCUGGCUGCCAUGGCUUACGAUCGCUACCUGGCCGUUUGCAACCCUCUGCUCUACUCAGUGGUCAUGUCCCAGAAGCUUUGUGUCAGGCUGUUGGUUGGUGCCUACUCAGCUGGCGUGCUCAGCUCCACCAUCCACACGGUUUCCAUAGCUCGCCUGCCCUUCUGCCGGCCCAGGAGGAUCGAUCAUUUCUUCUGCGACGGGCCGCCGCUGCUGGCCCUCUCCUGCUCUGACACUCACCUCAGUGAGGUGACCAUUGCUGCUGUGGUGGGGUUCAACGUGCUGAGCACCACAGCCUUCAUCUCAGUCUCCUACUCGUUGGUGCUCUCUGCUGUCUGGAGGAUGCGCUCCGCGGCUGGCCGGCGCAAAGCCUUCUCCACCUGCGCUCCUCACUUGGGCUCCAUCGCUCUGUACUAUGGCAGCUCCCUCUUCAUGUACCUGCAGCUCAGCUCCAGCCACUCCUUGCAACGGGAUAAGGUGGUCUCCAUGCUGUACUCUGUUGCAAUCCCCAUGCUGAAUCCCUUCAUCUACAGCCUAAGAAACACGGACAUGAAGAACGCCAUGAGGAAAGCAAAAGGUAGAGUCCUCUCCUCCGUGCCCAUCCUUGCUUCCUGGUCAGCUGAGAGGAGAAGGCUACCCUGA